AUGAACCCCUCUCCAGUUGCAGCUGCAAUUUCUGCUGCUGCUGUUACUGGUUCGGGCGCAGCCCCUGCUACGACGGGCGGGCGCGUUCGAGCCAAAUUAUGUGAUGUGAAGGGAUGUGGGGCAGAUAGUAUACGCAAUCCCGAGUUGCUCUUUGUGACUGUACCAAGCCAUAAUUACCCUGAGCGUCGAUUUGUAUGGCUUACACUAAUGCAAGCAGCGAGGGACAAGAAAAGAAGCUACUGCUGUUCGCGACAUUUUACGGUACCCGAUGAUUUUAAAGAUUUUCAAGAAUUUAUAUCAGCCCCUCCCGGUUAUAAGCGUCAGUUAAUGGUGAAUAGAGGUGUUGUUCCGCAUAUUAACAUGCCCCCGCUUGGGAUUUCCGGAUUGCCCCCUCUAAACGAUCGCUGGCAGUUAACGUUGCCCGACAGUAUUCGACAGAAUCAGCCACAACGGCAGUCCGAAGUAGCACCGCCAGCGAUAAAUAAUGCAACGAGCGGACCGUCCCCCCAGCGGCGACCACAGGUUGCACGAUACAGCAAAGCAGUGCAAACCGAAGCGAAACCGACGAUUUUUAGCGGAUUGCGCAAAGUUGCGCCCAGCCUGCAGUACUGUCGGUUGUGCUUCCAGCGCCAGGAUUUGGAACCGAUUUUUACCGGCGAUCAAACACUGAUUGAGCCGGACCUUAUCGAUAAGAUUUACGGAUGUACCGAAGUUAUGAUAAAUGUCCAAUAUGAUUUUCCUGCAUCUAUUUGCACGGUCUGCUAUGGGAACGUACAGAGCUUCAUUAAUUUUCGCAAAAUGGUUCAACGCAAUGAUGAAUCUCUCAGAACGGCUGGACCUCAGGCACCAGGGGAGCAUACAAUACGGAAACCUCCAUUUCAACCUCCGCUUCGAUUUGAAGCGCCUCGCACGGUACCGAACCGUUCGUCGUUCGACCGAUCGAGUGCAUUACAAAACCAACAACCAUAUCCGAUGCGGAUUAUGAACAAGAAUCAACCUGGAAAUCGGAGCGAGGUGGUGCCACAACCGAGACCAAAAUUUAAACUGACUCCGUCUCGUCCAAGGUACUCGUAUCCGCUGAGUAACGUUUCCAGGCCUGUAAAUCAACAAAACUUGCCGGAAGAUGACCUUCUUGAGGUUACACAUGUUGAAGACGUACAGACUUACGAAAAGCGUGGCAGAACACUCGAAAAAAAUUCAAUGCGCGCUCCUCGUCCACAAGUUCUGCGAUUACCGGUAACUCCAAGGAGCAACACCAUAGAUUUGGAUCCAUUACAUAGCACUAAUACAACUCAACCCACAAAUACUGAAAGUAAUGAAACACCUAGCGGUGUUCAAAUGAAGGAUCGCGUUGUUCCGGUUACAUUGAUUCGAGUUGUGCCAGAAGCAGAAGAUCCACCACAAGCAGAAGAGCCACCUAUCGAUGUAGAAUUAGAGAUUCCACAAAAUAGUGAUUCAGAUAAGCAGGAUAAAGCAAAUGAAAACAAUAUAUCCUCUACGAACAACAAUGAACCACGUAGACAAGGUUUUCUCCAACCGAAACCUAUAGAAAAGUUAACCGCAAAUGUAAACAAAAAAUUAGACGCUCCGAACGUUUUGCAAGCUGUGAAACUUAUUCCAGCUUCUGCUGUAAAAGCUAUCACAAAGGCUCGUCCGAAAGGCGUGUUUCUGAGACCCGCUUCUUCUAAGGGAGUUAAUUUGUACAGAGGAUUAAAGCAUGUUGGUCUCGGACAAAACCCAGCAGCUCCCAGUAAAUCUACUAAUCUUGCAGCAACAGCUGUGUCCAGGGCAAUCAAAUUUCCUGGAACAUUAACAACGUUAUUUUCGCGGAAUAAAAAGGUAUUUAAGCCGCCGAAAGAAAUUCCAGACGUUCCCCAGAUAGUUGCCAGUAAACAACGCGUUCCGCAGCCAAUAGUUGCUGUGGAACGAUUAAAAGUUUCACUGCCAGAAGUUAUCCCCAAGCACUCAGAGAGUCCACAGGUACUCAAGGAAGUGCCACUAUCGCGAGAAGCUACAGUAGAAUCACCCAAACCCAAACCUAAACCACCGCCUGCAAGUAAAGAAGUAUCGAAGCAGAAAGAAAAUGACGCCCCAGAACGUCCUAAAGUGACGCAAAAAAUUGUUGACAAGACACCGCCUGUUGCUGAUGUGCCCCCAUCGCCCAGAUCGGCGCGCGCUCGCAAAAUCCCGCUCAGACUGCAAGAUACAAUAGGCUUUCCAAUGCCAAAAAUCAUCACUAUCAAAACUGAACCGUCUGACGAACCGGAGCAAGAGUCACCCCAAGAAACGGAAAAGUCUCAAAGAAAGUCUACACCUGUCCAAAAACCUACCGUUCAACAAACUCAGAAAAAACCAGCAGAAGUAAAAAUUAACACUGAAGAAAAGCCCAGAAAGUCGCAGAAGGAGCCAGAACCGGAGAUCAGAAGUCGCGUGACUACACGACGAUCAGAUCCCGAGCAACCAGUCUCUAGAGCAGAAAGCAAACAGAAAUCCACUCCCGCGCGGUCUCCAGUCAAGGAAGUGAAAAUCGUACCACCUGUCCUACGUAGCCACGGUCUUCCGUUAAAACGGAAAUCCCUUCCGGAUGGCGCUAAGUCGGGACCGACCAUUCCAAACAAAUCGCCGAAAAUUGAAGCAAAGACAAACAAAGUAAACGUUGAACCAGCAACGAAAUCCAAGCAGCAGCAGCAUCAGAAGGCUCCGGAAAGAUCGAACGGUUCACGGAAAAGCGCUCCCGCGGUUAUAGCGCCGCCAACGAAGAAAGCACCAGUCGCGAAAUCCGCAUUGACAGCGCCGGUAGUCUCUCAAGCAAAGAAAGCGCCAGCAGCGAAAUCCGCACCGACUGCGGCUGCAGUCCCUCCAGCGAAGAAAGCGCCACCAGCGAAAUCCGCACCGACUGCGGCGGUAGCCCCUCAAGCGAAGAAAGCGCCAGCUGCGAAGCCCAUACCGGCUGCGGAUGAUCACUCACAGGAAUGGAAGUGUCCUUUCUGUCCCGAUCGAAUAUACGACCAGAAGAAAGGUUUGGUUAAACAUCUGCGCAAGCGUCAUGGUAUGGAUUACGCCCUCGUGAGGCAACGACUGGCUAUUUAUGGCGGCAAUUGGCGGUAGGGUGAUAACCUGUAGGCUAAUUUUGAUUAUACGAAAU